GUGCGGUGGAGUUACUCACUCCCGCCCCUGAGCCGCCCACAACUGGCCCCUCGACAGCAGCCGACAGCAACAUUCGUCCGCACGAGCGCAAGUGAUCAUGGCCGAGUCCAUGAAGUCGCAAUACCUCCGCAAGCUCGAGGACGGCGGUUCCAACACGCUGAAUAUUGUCCUUGGCACAGCGACGGGUGUGAUUAUCCUCGUGAUCUUGGGCCUAUGCUGCCAUUCCAAGCGCAAAUCCAAGCAACGCCGCGAAGCGAGGCGGUUGCGCCGUGAACGGCAAGGUAUUGCAGCGUCCGGUAUUCCCAAGGACAGCGACGUGUACAUGGAAGCGGACAACCGCACGAUCAACCUGCCCAUGAUGGGCCAUCAACACAAUCAUGGAAAACAACGCGACGAACAAGACAUUUACAUCAUGCGCAACAGCGAAGACGUCGACUACCAUGGGAACCAUGCGUACCAAAAUAUUUCAAACCCCGCCAAAAUGUCCGCCCCCUUGCCGUUCAAGAUGGACGCGACCCUACUGAAGGCCAAGGUGGACUACACCGACAUCCAGUACACGCGGAAAUUGAGCAAGGGAGCGUUUGGCGAAGUCUGGCUCGGUCAGUUUCAAGGGAAUUACGUCGCAAUCAAGCAGAUCCUCGAGGAGCGCAAGACAGACGCCAAGGAGAUCGAGUGCUUCGUCGCCGAGAUCAAGCUCAUGGCGACUUUCCAGCACCCGAACAUCGUGGACUUUCUCGGGUUCUCGUGGAACCCCAAGGACGCCAACUUGUGUGCCAUGACCGAGUACAUGAAGAACGGCGACUUGUUUGUGUUCCUGCAGAAGCGAAAAGCAACAUUGACGUGGCAGCACGACAAGCUUCAAAUUGCAAUCGACAUUGCUCAAGCUCUGGUGUAUCUCCACUCGCUCAGCCCCAAGGUCAUCCACCGCGACCUCAAAUCCAAGAACGUGCUGUUGGACGAUCGUUGCACGGCAAAGUUGAGCGACUUUGGCAUUUCCCGUCUGCGUCAGCUCGAAGAAACGAUGACUGCAGGUGUCGGGACGGCUCUGUGGGCCGCGCCCGAGGUGUUCUUGGCCAAGAAGUACAACGAUCGUGCCGAUGUGUACUCUCUGGGUGUCGUGCUGUCGGAACUCGACACGUGCGCGAUCCCGUAUGCCGACCAAGCCGUUGGAAAGAAUGGAAAGCUGGACGGGAUGGCCGUGGUGAAGCUUGUGACGCAGCAAAAAGCCAAGCCAACGUUCUCCGAGUCGUGCCCGCAAGCAGUCCGCGCAUUGGCGUUCCAGUGUCUCGACUACGAGCCGGACAACCGUCCGUCUGCCGCCGAAGUCGUCGAGAUCCUAAAGAACCGCGUCCGGCCAGCAUUAGAGCGUACCUCUUAUUAGUACUUUAUCCAACAUCUCGUCCAAGGAUUCCA